GCCGCUGUCAUAGCCGAAACGCUCUCGGCCGAACGUAAACAAACAAAGAAGGACUUUCUGGCGGAUUGGAAAAACUCUGUUGAAUUUAACUGGAAAUUUAGCACCCCUCAUCAAAAAUGCUUUCGGAAAAGAUACGGCAGCUAACUUUGGUGCUAGAAAAACACGAAUUAGAGGCCCCCGGCGGAAUCGUCUCCAUUCAGCUAUAUUCGGAACUAUUUGCGGCCUAUCUUUAUCAAAAUGAUCUUGCAAAUGCGCGGUUUCUUUGGAAGCGCAUACCGCAGAACAUGAAAGCCGGAAACGGGGAGCUCGAACAGAUGUACAAAGUGUACGUAGCGCUGUGGAACAACAACACGGCCGCCUUCUACCAAGCCAUCAACCACGACUGGUCCAAGCACGUGUCCGAGCUGAUGUUUGAGCUGAAGGAGAAAUUCCAACAGGAAACGAUCGCACUCAUCGGCCGCGCGUACAGCUCCAUCUUCGAGAACGUGUUCGCCGAAAUGACCAACCAGACGCCGGACAUGAUCGAGGACACGUGCAAAUCGCUGAGCUGGGAAAUCGUGCCCGGGGCCUAUCCGCGAUUGAUCAUACCAAAGCGAACGGUGGACGAGAAGCCGAUCGUGGUCGGUGCGGAAGCGCAGCUGCACCGGUUGACCGACUUUGUGUCGUUCCUCGAGAACUGA